AUGCCUAAAUUGAAUAGAAUUGCUUUAGAUAUACUCUGCGGGAAAGGAAACAAAAUUGUUCACUUUUAUAAAUUUGAUGAUUUUGCAGUUGCCUUGAACAACCAAAACGUGCCUCAAGCUUAUGCACAAAAGAGAUGCGAAGAGCAGCUGUAUUCAAGCGGGUGUACUUUAUUAGACUGCGGGAAGAAGUGCUGGGACAAACACCAUGAUGCUGGACAUACAUGCGUUGCCAAUGUUGCUCAAAUUGAUUAUGCUUGCUAUUGCAUGUUCAACUGUUAG